UGAGAGCAAAGAAUACACAACACAACUAGAACCAAGAAGAAGAAGAAAGAAGACACACAGGAGGAAGUGAAGUUCAAGAUUGACCGGAGAAUGAAGGCUGAGUUGGAUUUACCGGCGGGGUUCAGGUUCCACCCGACUGAUGAGGAGUUGGUGAAUCACUACUUGAUCAAGAAAUGUGCUUCUCAGAACAUUUCUGUUCCCAUCAUCAAAGAGAUUGAUCUUUACAAGUUUGAUCCAUGGCAGUUACCUGAAAUGGCGCUUUAUGGUGAGAAAGAAUGGUAUUUCUUUUCACCAAGGGACAGAAAAUAUCCAAACGGUUCAAGGCCGAACCGGGCGGCCGGAACCGGGUACUGGAAGGCCACCGGAGCAGACAAGCACAUUGGAAAGCCAAAGGCACUUGGGAUUAAAAAGGCUCUUGUUUUCUAUGCUGGGAAAGCUCCUAAAGGAAUCAAGACCAAUUGGAUCAUGCACGAGUAUCGACUUGCAAAUGUUGAUAGGUCGGCUUCUAAGAAAAACCACAACUUGAGGCUUGAUGAUUGGGUGCUAUGCCGAAUUUACAACAAGAAAGGUAGCAUCGAGAAGUAUAAUACUGCUACCCCUACCGCGGAACGAAAUAGAUUCCCAACUUACUCGGAAAUAAUGGACCACGAGGAGAAGCCCGAAUUGAAAUACAUACAGUUCAACAUAGCUGCAUCGCAAGUUCAACAAAUGCCAAAAGCUAAGGUACCAGUCCCACAGCAAACAGAAAUGUUGUCCGGAGAUUAUUCAGCAUCGAGAUUGCAGCAUACGCAGCACACGAUAGACUAUUCUAGCAGCUCAGAUCAUGUAUUCUCGCCGGAGGUCCAGAGUGAGUUCCAGUGGAGUAGUCCUGAAUUCAGUGAAUUGGACAAUUCUAUGAACAUGAACUUCCUUGACAACAAUGAUCAGUUCAAUUACAUGGAUGGCUUCUCAUUGGCAGAUAUUGAUGACCCAUUUGGCAAUCAAGCUCAAGCUCAAGCUCAAACACAACCUCUGUAUCAAAUGGACCAGCAGGAUUUGUUCAUGUACUUGCGAAAUCAAAUUUAAAUAGUUUCAAUCUUAGGACAAAAAAUGAGAAAAAAAGGGUGACAGAUGGGAGAUCUGCAAGGAGAUAAUUAAUUUGUUUGUCUAGUUGGUAUUUCUUAGGUGAUGGUUCUUUGGUUAAUCUGGUCCUUGAAAUCAUUGAAAUUUGUGACGUCUGCACAAACGUAUGAUCAGGCCCUUAUUAGAUUCUCAAUGUUAAAUAUUGUAGAGAAUGAUUCCUUUAUGAAAUUUUUAUAUUCUUCCGGAAUUAUAAUAGACAAAAUUGUUUGAUUUUU